AUGUACUUUAAUACAAUUUUUUUGUUUUUAUUAAUCAUUAGAGAAUCAUUAACAGCUUUGAAUAAUUGUCCAAUGAAUCAUGUUCGAAAUAUUGUUAUCAGAGCUAAUCAACAGACUAAAGAUCCGGCCAUACAAAUGCAAAUGAUACGACGAAUCAUUGAAGAUAUUUAUGGCGGGUCAUGGGGUGUUCUGAUUAUACGAAAUCCAGAACUUGUAUCACAUGAUAUUCAUUGGACAAUACCCGAUCACACAAAUCCGGAUAGAUCGCCAGCUUUCUGUCUAACUGUCGUCAAUAGAUGGCAGUAUAAUAUAUUUAAAACUGGAUCAAAAGAUUCUGCUGAUAGAGUAUCCGUUUUGGAUGUUGUUCAUCGAAUACGACAAGCUGAUGAUAAGCAUCGACCAGUUCGAUUAACAGUUGAAGAAUUUGAUCAAAAGCUGGCACGAGCCUUGGAAUUAGAAAAAACGAAACGAUCAAGAGGUUAA